AACAAACCACUGUUCUGAAAGCAUUUGUAGAACAGACUUGCCUCUCCUGGUGAGAGAACUGGUUUGAAACAGCAGAACUGUCUCUCAGGCUAAGGCAGAGAAUGUAUUGGAGGCUUUACCUUUCUCGGCGGUGCUCUGAGGCUUGUAUGUGGAUCUUCAGUAGGAAUGUGAUUUCAUGCUGUCUAAGGCUAAUACCAACCAUCACGUUUUGUGGUGCAAAGUUUAAAGGUUGGUGGAUAAAUGUGCUGUGUGUUUAAAACAGUCUUGUAAAAGCUUGAAAUUUCAGCUCAGUUCAGUGGGCUCACUACAAAUUUUCCCCUUUACCUUCAUUUUUGUCUUGUAAUUCCCCUGUUCCUUUAUCUCCAGUGUCCGAAGUAGAGGGUUGAUGUGUUGUUGACUGACUCAGUUGUACAACUGCUGUCUAACUUGGGAGUUUACUAGGAAGGAUUUUGCUGCUCUUUUUAAAACAGCUGUCUGUAAAUGGCACUUCAGAUUGAUUGUUUCUGUAUACUCUGAAACAAUUUAGAAGCAACCUGACACUGCAUUCUCAUCAAUUAGACUGCUGUUUAGUUAAGGUUGGUCUUGUGUAUUCUUACAAACAUGCUUACUUCAAAAUCUGUUUGGUCAGAGAGGAUAAUUACGCCUUUAGUUAGCUCUACAAAAAUGAAGUCUCUGUCUCUUGGUGUGGACGUGCUGUGUGUUGUCAGCCAGCAGGCCGCUGUGCCUGUUCUGUGUGUUUAACGAAAGCCGAAGCAAAACCCUGCGUUUGUGAGCUUCCGGAAACAGGGUGUCCCUCCUGAAACGGGCUCACAAACGGAAGUUGCAAAACUUACUCUUCACAAUCUGCCUCGAAGAAAGCAGGACAUCUCUCCAUCAGCUUCCCACUGACUGAAAGAUGUCAGCAGCUGGAGUAGUGUCCUCCUGUUCCCGUCUCUGUUCUGGAGUAUGGCUGCUGAAAACAGGAAUGCAGAAGAUGAGCUCCUUUGGCUUCCAUACAGCAGCCAGGUGUGCUGCCAAGGAUUAUUACGAAGUACUUGUGUUGGGUGGAGGCACUGGUGGAAUCACCAUGAGUGCUCGGAUGAAGAGGAAAGUGGGGGCAGGAAAUGUGGCUGUUGUUGAGCCAAGUCAGACUCAUUACUACCAGCCGCUGUGGACCCUGGUUGGUGGUGGUGCAAAGCAGCUGGCGACUUCUGCCCGUCCAACAGAAAGUGUCAUGCCUAAAGGUGUUGAGUGGAUCAAAUCUCGAGUUACAGCACUGGAUCCAGAUAAAAACUGUGUCUGGCUGGAGAAUGAUACCAAGAUAUCUUACAAGUAUCUGAUAAUUGCCCUUGGGAUUAGUCUGCAUUAUGAAAAGAUCAAAGGCUUGCCUGAGGGUUUUCAUCACCCUAAAAUAGGUUCCAAUUAUUCAGUUCUUACGGUAGAGAAAACAUGGAAAGCCUUACAAGAUUUCAAGGAAGGAAAUGCUAUCUUCACUUUUCCAAAUACUCCAGUCAAGUGUGCAGGGGCUCCUCAGAAGAUCAUGUAUUUAUCAGAAGCCUACUGGAGGAAAACAGGAAGACGUUCCAAAGCAAACAUAAUGUUCAACACUUCACUUGGUGUCAUUUUUGGGGUUAAGAAGUAUGCUGAUGCAUUGCUUGAAAUAAUAAAGGAGAGGAAUAUCACUGUUAACUAUAAACACAACCUUGUAGAAGUUCGAGCUGACAAGCAGGAAGCUGUGUUUGAAAACUUGGACAAACCUGGAGUGACUGAAGUUCAUCAGUAUGAAAUGCUUCAUGUCACACCCCCAAUGGGGCCACCUGACGUACUCAUCAACAGUCCCGUCUCGGAUGCAAUUGGCUGGGUGGAUGUAGAUAAGGAAACUCUACAACACAAAAAGUAUCCUAAUGUAUUUGGUAUUGGAGACUGCACCAACCUUCCAACAUCAAAAACUGCUGCAGCUGUAGCUGCCCAGUCUGGAGUACUUGAUAAAACUAUUUCCCUGGUAAUGAAGAACCAGCUGCCAACUAAAAAGUACGAUGGAUAUACUUCCUGCCCACUUGUAACGGGCUACAACAAGGUGAUUCUAGCAGAAUUUGACUAUGAUGCUCAGCCUUUGGAGACUUUUCCCAUUGACCAGAGCAAGGAGAGAGUAACCAUGUACCAUAUGAAAGCUGAUAUGAUGCCUUUUCUCUAUUGGAAUGCACUACUUAAGGGAUACUGGGGAGGACCAGCUCCUGUCAGGAAGCUAAUGCAUCUGGGCUUGAAGUAACUGCUGCUUCUUGGUGUUGGACAAGCCUUUUUGAAGAGAAAGGACUGGAUGCAGAGUAGAUCUAUCCAUUAUUUUGUAAAAUCAAGCUUUUGUCCUAAAUUCACUUUUCCUUCUACUAGGAAUUAAGCCUUUGUAGGCUCUUUCACUGCUUUAUGUAAACUAAUGCCUUAAACUACUUAUGUCAAUACACAGGAGCUUGAAUUUGCAUUAAGCUACAAAACACUACUGCAGGCUUGAAAUCAGUUUUCAAGCUGUUGUAUAUGUAAAAUUUUCUCCCUGACUGAGUUAUCUGCCUGUGAAAUCAGUGUAAAUUGAAUUAUCUACAUCUGAGAUCAGUGUGCACUGGAUUUAACACAAUGCCAUGCUAGUAAAAUAGCCUGAAAAGCCCCUGUUGUUCUCUCCUUUUUGAAGAGCAAAAUCAAUUCUAAUUUCUUCAUCAAGAAGCAUCUUGCUGCCUAAUUAGAUGGACUAUAGAAAGUGAUGGGUCAGUGAAAGAAUUUGAAGCAGUAUGUAUGUGUGUAUAUAUAUACACACAUGCACACCCUCGCGGGAGAGUUGUGCCACUUCACAUCAGUUCUGCUAUCAUAGUUUAUGUUCACAGGUUAAGAGCACUGUGAAAAGAAUUCCCAAUAGACUAGAGACUGGGAGAAGACUGAGAUCAUCUACGGCCACAUACUAGCCUGAAGCACAAAUUAAGAUGACAGACAAGGGGGAAGUGCUUUUUAAUUAUGACCAUAUGAACAAAGUCAAAUUUAAGAGUUGAGAGUCUUCACAGAAGCUGGAACUUUAGUGGCAGUCAGGCAGACAGCA